AUGGACUAUUUUGUUAGUUGGGAGGAUAUUUUAUACACAAAACAGUGUGUCACAGAUAGUGUUCUCAAGGGGUUACCUAUCAUUCCUUUUGGAGCACCUGGGGCACCUGGAGCACCUGGAGCUCAUGGACCACAUGAAGUAGAUGAGGUUUCUGUAGUACCCGGAGGACCCGGAGAAGAUGAUAUUUCUUUAAUUCCUCGAGUAGAUGGAGAAGUUGGAGAAUAUGAAGAAUCAGGAGAACUCAAUCCAGGAACUAAAUUAGAAGACCAGAGGAUUAAAAUAGAAGUUGAAGAAUUAACACCAGCGUUACGUAGAGACAGUUCUUCCUUAUCCUCAUCUCUUAAGUCUCAACACCUCUACACCCCCUCACCUACGUUAGGUCGACCUCAUACACUCAUACCAUCCUCACCCUUACUAGUCAUAGAUUCACAGACAGAACCUUUUACUCCUCGAGCUCCAGGUUUUAACAUUUAUCAAUCUUAUCCAAAUAAAAUCCCAGGAAUAAAUAAAUACGAAUCAAAUCUGGAAUCAAACAAUUAUACUUCUCAAUCAUUUCCUGAAGAUCUAGGUUUGAACCUGCAAUAUGAAUACUGUUUGAUGGAGCGGAAACAGGACAAUACUAAACCCAAACCAGACUUGAUAGAAAAUAAACAAUUUAAAUCUGAAAGUAGCGAUCAAGAUUACACACUUCAAGAUCAAGUAAAACUAGCCAAAGAUCAAGAUUACAUACUUCAAGAUCAAGUAAAACUAGCGAAAGAUCAGCAGUACAUACUUCAAGAUCAAGUAAAACUAGCCAAAGAUCAAGAGUACACACUUCAAGAUCAAGUAAAACUAGCGAAAGAUCAAGAGUACACACUUCAAGAUCAAGUAAAACUAGCGAAAGAUCAGCAGUACAUACUUCAAGAUCAAGUAAUACUAGCGAAAGAGUACAAAAUCAAAGAAGAUAAAACUGAAGAUGUAUACAAUAUGACCAAUAACGUUUCUAAAAUGGUUAUUGACGAAUACUAUGUUAUGGAUUCAAGUUUGCCUGAAGUUGAAGACUAUUGCAUAAUGGAAACAACAAAGAAAAAUGAAAUGAAAAAUAGAAAAAAUCCUGAUGAAUAUUGUCUAAUGGAGAAGAAAUCUCAAGGAAUGAAUGUAAUAAUACCUCAAUCUGACAAAACUAAGCCCACAGAUGAAAAUCAAGAGUAUUGUACAAUGUUUCCUAAACCCGUCCCGACCAAACCAAACCAUUUAAAUCUCUCAGGACGCCAAACCAAAUCAUCAAAAUUAGGCCUGACUUUAUUCACCGGUACCUCGGUCCAGCAAGGUUCCAGUUUUCAAUCCAACCUGUCUCCGAAAUCUCCACAACCCUGUAAGCUUGACAGAGGUACAGGAGAUGAGGCAGGGUUGCAGUUUGAGUAUUCACGUUCCGGUUCCCCUUCAAGAUCCUACCUGGAGAACAGACGGGUCUCAUUCAGCCCGGACUCAGAACCUAAAUCAAAGAGCAGAGUUGAUCUCCAGGAUAAUGCUGAACAAGUUGAAUAUAAUGAAAACUAUUCUACAUCAAGAUCCAGGAGAUCAAACUCAGGAACAGAAGAACCAGAGACAGCAUACAAGAAGCUUUCAUACUUACAGAGGUCAGAUUCAUACUUACAGAGGAUCACCCAGGAGAAUUUAGUCGCCAAGAAGUUUAAAAAAGCAAACAAGCAUAGAGCCGAUUAUAACCUACUUGAUUUCUCUACUGUUAGAAAAGAAAAACGUCAUGUUUCUGAGAGCUAUUCAGUUGAAAGUAAUGAUUCGAAGGGAAUAUGCUCUGAGAGCAACUGCUCCCAGAGUGGAAGUGAGAAAACCAACAAUGUGAACAUCAAAACAAAAUCAGCCAAAAAGCCGUUUUUUAGUUUCUAAUUUUAAUGGGAGACUGCUCUUUUUAGGAUAUUCUAGCAAAAUUAUGAUUUUUAAUAAUUUUAUGAAUUCACUCCAAAAAAUAGUUUUUGCCAAUUAUUCA